GCCUGGAUAACAAAAUGACCAGUGUGUAUGCAUUCAGGCUUUCGGAAAACAUUUGCCUCAUUCCUUUUUAAACUGAUCUAAUUAUGAAACAGAAUUUCGGUUCAGUGAAUUAUUCAUUCAGCGUCUUUGAUUAUAAUAUAACAGUUUGCAUAAGCAGGCCGCUGACAGUUCUACGCACACUUGGACAAAAAGGAAAGUGUGUCGUUUAAUGGUUUUGCCGCAGGGUACCAUUCCAGCCUGUAGCCUAACUAGUAGAAUUAGUAUUCUGCAUAAUCUUUAAAAUCUGCAAAGUUGUCAUUGUUCUGACAGCUGGAUUUAUGAGAAAGCCCAAUUCGCCUGUGGAUUCUGAAGGAUAGCGGGAAUCGCGACUGUGACAACAUGCCCCGGAGAAAUUGAAAGGAGAAUAUGUGUCUCUGCCAGGAUUGCUCCGGUAUUGUAGGCGAUUGAGCAGGGUAAAGCCCCUCAAUGUUGCUAAUGAGAAGUUGUGAUGGCCUCUGAGACCAGGUCAAAGAUCAAGAACUCUUUUGACGUCAGAGACAGUGAAUUACAAUCUGCCAGGGAGCAUCGUGGUGAAGGAAGGGGGGCAGAUGAUUAUUCACAUGAAUCAUAGACGUUUUCAAGAGACAUUUUCUCCCUCUUGUGGAUUACUACCACUUUCAUCUGUGCUGAGGAGAAAAGCAUGAAAUCCGAGUGAUUCAGAGGUACACUGAUUCUGAACAGUGAUAACACAUUCAUUUUCUGGAUGCUAUCGCUGCGUAAUCUCGUACAAAACCAGUGAUCGACAAGAGGAACAUGGGAAAGCCUCUGGGCUUACACAGAAUAUUGACAAUGUAGACGAAGGUUGUUAAUUGAGGGCUCAGGAGGAGCAGGUGGGGGUGGGGGAGAAAGUACUAAGAGACAGGAACGCCAGAGGUGGAGGGAGAGAGAGAGAUAGAAAUUAAUUCUAGAGGAAAGACUUGAAAGAGGCACAAAAGAUUAAAGAGAAAAUAUCAGGCAGAUGAACAGAGCAGCAACAGUGACAAAGGUGCAAUAGGGAGAGGAGGAGAGUAUGGGAGAUUGACUGACUGGGGACAAUUGUACCAGAGAGGGAGAGGGAGAGAAAAGGAGUCCAGUGAACAGCAGGAGCUAAGUGGAGAGUGAUGGGCUGUGCUCCUAGUAUCCAUGUUUCUCAAAGUGGAGUGAUUUACUGCAGAGAUUCGGAUGAAUCAAACUCCCCACAUCAGACCACCACCAUCUCCCAAGGUACAGCAACAGUCCAUGGCUUCUUCAUCAAGACAGACGCUGCUGAAUCGUUGCCCUCUGUGUUGGCAUACCAGAGUCGGGCAACACGCACCUCCUCAAGACGAGAGAAAAAGGAAAACAGCAACUGCACUGAAGCUGAAACCCAAACCAGCCACACCAGUGUUAAGCAGGUUGCAUCUACAGAAGUACACUUUGGACCUAUGAGAUUGACACAAGACCCUUUCCAGGUUCUGUUGGUCUUUGCUAAAGAGGACAAACAGAGUGAUGGCUUUUGGUGGGCAUGUGAUAAAGCUGGAUACAAGUGCAACAUCGCACGGACUCCAGAGUCUGCACUGGAAUACUUUCGGGAUAAACAUCAUGAAAUUAUAGUCGUUGACAACAGACACACCAGAUAUUUUGAUGCCGAAGCUCUUUGCAGGUCAAUUCGAGCCACAAACCCUGGAGAAACCACGGUGAUGGUGGUUGUAGUUCCUCAGAUGUGUAACGAUCAAGAGGAGAGUUCAGUCUUGCCCCUCCUUAAUGCAGGUUUCAACAGGCGAUACAUCGAGAACUCCAAUGUAUCUGCAUGUUACAAUGAACUAAUUCAGUUGGAGUAUGGAGAGGUGCGGUCACAAUUCAAGCUGCGGGCAUGCAACUCCAUAUUUACAGCCCUAGAGCAGUGCCAGGAGGCCAUAGAAAUUACAAAUGAAGACCAUGUUAUCCAGUAUGUGAAUCCAGCAUUUGAACAUAUGAUGGGUUAUCAUAAAGGGGAGCUGGUUGGCAAAGAACUUACUGAACUACCCAAAAGUGACAAAAAUAAAGCAGAUCUUCUUGAUACAAUAAACACAUGUAUCAAGAAAGGAAAGGAGUGGCAUGGAAUUUACUAUGCAAGGCAGAAAGCAGGGGACAGUAUACAGCAAGAUGUGAAAAUAACACCUGUGAUAGGCCAAGGAGGGAAAAUUAGGCAUUUUGUGUCGAUCAAGAAACUGUGUAGUGACAACAAUAAACAGUUUUACAAUAUGCACAGUGAGGACAAAUAUAUGGAAGAAAAUUCUCAAUCAGAUUCACAGUCAUUGAGACAUAAAGAUAGACGGAAAGGUUCCAUCGAUGUCAGAUCAAUAACAUCAAGAAGAAGUGAUGGGAGUUCAUACAAUCGACGGCAUUCCUCAAUGGCAAGAAUUCAUUCCAUGACAAUUGAAGCUCCAAUCACCAAGGUCAUCAAUAUAAUUAAUGCUGCCCAAGAGAACAGUCCAGUAACAGUUGCUGAGGCCUUGGACAGAGUUCUGGAAAUAUUGCGAACAACUGAGCUCUACUCACCACAGCUUGGCACUAAAGAUGAUGAUCCUCACACUAAUAAUCUUGUUGGAGGACUCAUGACUGAUGGAUUAAGAAGAUUGUCCAGCAACGAAUACAUUUUCUCUAAAACUUACCGUCAAACUGAGAAGUCAGAGGUACCAUUAUGGACGUCUCUUGAUGGACAAAUUGAAGAAGAACCAGAUCUACAGCAAAAUUACAGCCAUCUAGCCAUGCCAGUUGCCCUUAGCGAUGUGCCACCUCACAUAGCAGAAUUGCUUGAAGAUGAAGAAAGCUGGGACUUCAAUAUUUUUGAACUUGAGACUAGAACGAACAAAAGGCCAUUGCUUUAUCUUGGUUUAAAAAUCCUAACACAGUUUGGAGUAUGUGAAUUUUUGAACUGUACAGAAAAGACUCUAAGAUCAUGGCUACAGCUCAUAGAGACCAAUUAUCAUGCAUCAAAUUCAUACCACAAUUCAACACAUGCUGCUGAUGUAUUACACGCUACAGCAUAUUUCCUGCGAAAGGACCGAGUCAAGGGAAGUUUAGAUAAGCUGGAUGAGGUUGCAGCACUCAUUGCAGCCACAGUACAUGAUGUGGACCAUCCAGGGCGCACCAACUCCUUCCUGUGUAAUGCAGGAAGUGAGUUGGCUGUACUAUAUAACGAUACAGCAGUUCUGGAAAGUCAUCAUGCAGCCCUGGCUUUCCAACUUACAGCUGGAGAUGACAAGUGCAACAUCUUCAAGAACAUUGAAAGAAAUCAAUUUCGGACAUUGCGACAAGCAAUCAUUGAUAUGGUUUUGGCUACUGAGAUGACAAAGCAUUUUGAACAUGUGAACAAAUUUGUGAACAGCAUCAACAAACCUAUGACUUCUAUCGAGGAGACAAGCUCAAAUAGCGAGUGCAGUGAUGGUGAACGUUCUUCCAGCAUAAAGAACUCAAUUGAGGACAGACUGCUCAUCAAACGCAUGUUGAUUAAAUGUGCUGAUGUCGCUAACCCUUGCCGCUCUGUAAAAUUAUGUGUAGAAUGGGCAGGGAGAAUUUCAGAAGAAUAUUUUGCUCAGACCGAUGAGGAAAAACGCCAAGGCCUGCCAGUUGUGAUGCCAGUCUUUGAUCGAAAUACCUGUAGUAUUCCAAAAUCUCAAAUAUCAUUUAUCGAUUAUUUUAUAACUGACAUGUUUGAUGCUUGGGAUGCAUUUGCAAACCUUCCUAAAUUAAUACAACACUUGGCUGAGAACUACAAGUACUGGAAAUCCCUAGAUGAAUGCAAAUAUAGAGGUUUGCGACCUCCACCUGACUAUUAAGAGGUGUAAGGACAAAAUGUUUGGUUUGAGAAACUCACUUUAAUCCGUGACACAAGCAAAGCCAUUGAAGAGAUUCUACAUUAGUUUGUGUGACUGUAAAAUUAUAUUGUAAUAUAAAUCUUACACAAUGCAGGAAGACUUGAUGUACAGAGAGCAGGAAAAUACGUUGUAUGCUAUCAUGGCGGUACCCCAAUUACAAAGCAUAGAAUGCUUGAGUUUCAACACUGGAUUCAUCAAGUUCAAGUAUAUUUUUGUACCAUUCUUGAGUAAUAUCACGGAGUAAGGAAAGUAACUGAUACACCUCUACUGAGAGAAGGUGCAAUUGAAACUACUGUUUCUGCAAUUAUUACCCCAAGACCAUAAAGUCAGAUGUAAGUAAGCCUUUCAUUUCCUACAGAGUUCUUUUCUCAAAGUUCUACUUGCUUGGAAAAUUCAGGCAAUGUUCUAACCAUUGAUAGAUUUUUUUUAGCAAUUUACCAUUGUUUUAAAUAAAUGAAUCGGGGCAUUAAGGCAGCUUUGAUCAAAAAGUAGUUUACAUAUUUUAUAAAUGAUAUGGAAACUAAUUUUUACUCCUUGUGAAAUACACAAACAAAUCAGCUUGACAAAUUGGGAUAGUCCAUUCCUUAAUUUAUUGCCACCCUGUAUAUUUUGAUUUUUUUUUCAAGUUUUACUUUGACGAGGACAUAGUCAGUGCCAAAUGUAUGAAGUUAAGGUUAAUUUACUUUAAGAAAUGUACCAAAUAAAAUAUUUUUGCAUUCCAUAUUGAUUUAUGUGGAAAUAUGCAUUACUAUUUGUGAAUUUAGCUUACAUUAUUAUUCAGUUCAAUAUAUGCAACAGCCCCGAUGUAACUGCCCUAAAUUAAUACACUAUUCUGAAUAAGGUCUCAAGGCAGUUAAGAAUAAAUUGGGCAAUUUUUCCUAUCUUAGCUCAGUCAUCCAGAUGUAUCCUAGUGUCCCUCCAAUUGUUUCUUAAAUGAUUCCUGGGUUUUUGUCUCGAUUAUUCUGUCAAGGUAUCUGUUCCACAUGUUGAUCACUUUUUGUGCAACAAAAGACUUCUGAAUACCAAUCCUAAAUUUGCCUUUGCCAACUUGACCUUGUGGCUCUUUAUCACAUUCACACAAUUAGUUUUAAAGUAAUGCUACAGAUUUUAAUUUUCCAUGUGAUUAGCUAUUUUGAAUAACUAAAAUCACUUCUUAGAUAUCUUUUUAUCAAGUCUGAAAAACUCAAAUUUCUGAAAUCUUUCUUCAAAACUCUGGCCUCUGACAUGAGGGAUCAACCAUAUGGUUCUUCUCUGCAUUUUCUCUAAUAGUUCCUUGUUUCUUUGUAACUAGAACAAAACACAGCACCCAAGAUGCACCCUGACCAGAUUGAUCAUGACUCCUUUGGAUUUGUAUUUGUUGUUUUGGCUAUAUAGUUUUGCAUUGCCUCGCAUUGUUGAUUAGUUGGGCGUCUAGAUUGCUAAAUGUGCUUAAUUUAAGCUCUUUCAAUUCUAUUCACAAAACACAUCAGAAACUUUUCCUUUCUUUCACACAGAAAGUAGAUGGAUAUGCAAUAUGUACACAGAAAUAAUGUUCUGAUUGCAAAUGGUCAGAGUCAGUUUUAUUCCGUGUAAAUUAAUGUAGCAACAGUAUGUAAGACUAAGCAAAAUACCCAUGUCGAAUGGGGGAUGAACAUUGUGAAUCUGUUACAGUUGAACUUAGUGGGGUGACCGGACAAUAGGCUAUAAAGUCACAUCAUCAGCAACCAAAUGAGACUGACUUAAUAUGAGAAAUGUAAACACAUGAAGGACCAAAACCAAAAUUACAGGUAAAGAUAAUAUCAACCUCUAAUGUGAAGCAUACAUGUACUAAUGUGUAUGUAUAUAAAUAGAAAAAUUGUAACAAAAUAUACAAUUGUUUAUAGACAAUGUCGUAGUAAUUCUGUUCAAUACUGGGACAAUAUGUGCAACAAUAAAUAUAAUUAAACACAAUAUUGUUUUAUCAGUGCACCUUAGUGUGAACUCUGUGCCAAAAUUA